AUGUGUCGAUUCUUAUUAUACAAGGGAAACCAGCCCAUUCUUCUUGCUCAUCUCAUUACACGGCCAAAGCACUCAAUUGUCAAUCAAUCGUUUGAUUCACGAUUACGUCUAGAUACCAGAAGACCAUUGAACGGCGAUGGAUUUGGUGUAGGAUGGUACGAUAAUGAAACGCCAGAGACAGAGCACGAUCCCAUCACGCCUUGCAUUUUUACAUCAGUAACACCAGCAUGGAACAAUGUCAAUUUAGUGAGACUUGCCGAAAAGAUUAGAAGCCCACUUGUGUUUGCUCAUGUUCGUGCUAGUACAUCUGGAGCAGUAUCUGAAACGAAUUGUCACCCCUGGUCUUUUGGACGUUUGAUGUGGAUGCAUAAUGGCGGUAUCGCAGAAUUCGACAAAUUCAAGCGUAGAUUACAGAGCUCUUUACCGGAUGAACUCUUCUUGUUUGUCCAAGGCAGCACAGAUUCUGAAUGGGCUUUUGCUCUGUUCCUAAGUUUUUUGAAAAAUCCAAAUGCCAAUUCGUUUGAACACCAAGAACUCAAGGAAGCCAUGCUCAAGACUGUGGCUCAAUUGAAUGCGUAUGCUGAAGAAUACAACAUUACUGAGCCUUCUCUGUUGAAUUUUGCGGUGACAGAUGGUCAAACAGUGGUAUGUAUUCGUUACAUCAGCAGCAGAACAGAAGAAGCAGCUUCACUCUAUUUCUCGUCAGGUACGCGAUUCGAAUGCUAUAGACCUGGCCAUUAUCGCAUGGUCAAAGCCGAUAGAAGAGAAGACAUUGUGGUUGUAGCAUCAGAACCUUUGACAUUUGAAAAGGCCGAUUGGCUCACCAUUCCCACCAACAACAUUCUGGUAGUUACUCCCAAAUUAAAUGUGUUGCUACAACCUAUCAAGGACAAAUUCUACACACCAGAAAGAGGCAUGGAAGUCAAGAUUAACGAUGAAGAUGUGGCCAUUAUACCAGAGCCCAAGGCUCAAUUAUUUAAGGCACAAGCCGAAGAGCAAAUGCAACAUGAUUCUCCCAUCUUGGUUGGUUAA